CGCUCCAAAAGCUCGUCUUCGCAGUGCUGUGAAAAUUUCCAAAUCGCUGACAUGGUCAGACGCUUCCUGCUGCAGUCGGCGAACUUCGCAAAAGCUUCAAUGAAGUAGAGCCUCAAGCUACCGAUGUUGCGCCAUGUAGCGCCAAGCACGUGCUGCGAUGACCCGAGAGCUUUACACCCACACGAUCGCGGGACCUGGGGGUCGCCUUCUCGUGACCGGUAAGCCCGAAUAUUUCAACCAAGUCCUGGCGUCCCUCGCCGUCUCUCUCGGCACUCUCACUGCCGGCCUCGGUAAAGGCUACAGCUCCCCCGCAAUUGCUUCUUUGCAAGAACGCGACGCCGACGCUUUCCCGGUCUCUCGGCAGGAAGCCAGCUGGCUGGCCAGUCUCUCAAUCUUAGGCGCCUUUUUCGGCGCCCUCCUCGGCUGCGCUGCCGUCCGCUGGGGCCGCCGCCGCACCCUCAUUCUCACCAGUAUCCCCCUGUCCGUCUCCUGGAUCAUAAUCGCGUUCGCCGUCAGCGUAGAGGUGAUGUGUUUCGCGGCCUUCGUCAGCGGCUUCCUCAUCGCUAUCGUCCAACUCGCAGCUCAAGUAUACGUAAGCGAGAUCGCCGCCCCCUCGAUCAGGGGCGGACUAAGCGGCAUGCUCAAAGUGGCAGGUCAUGCUGGCGUCUUGGUGGCCUACGCCGCUGGGGCUUUCCUCGACUGGAGACAACUAGCGUGGCUGAUUGCUUUGGCUCCGGCGAUGAUGUGUGUAGCCAUGUGGAAGGUCCCGGAAAGUCCGGGGUUUCUGGUGCUCCGGGGACGUGAUGACGAGGCCGAAAAGGCCUUGAGGUGGUUGAGGGGCGACAGCACUGAUCUCAGGUUCGAGUUGGCUGUCUUGCAAGCACAUGUCCUUACGAGGAGUGUGACGUCGAGUCAUAGAGUCCUCCUCCGGACUUUGAUGACUCCGGGCUUGAUUGCUUGUGGUUUAAUGUUUUUCCAGAGAUUUUCCGGAGCUAAUGCGUUCUACUUCUAUGUCGUGACUGUUUUCAAGGAGACUUUCGGAGGCACGAACCCCCAUAGUGCUGCAGUGGCCGUCGCAGUUGUCCAAUUCCUAUCAUCUCUAUUAUCCGGGCUUUUGGUGGAUAGUGUAGGGCGUUUGCCACUUCUCGUAGCAUCCAGUGUCUUGAUGUCUCUCGCUUUGGCAUCGUUUGGGUCCUUUGCUUACUACGAAGAUGCACACCACAAGAAUGUUCCAAAUUUAGACUGGAUUCCUCUGCUUUGUGUGUUGGUAUUUACCGUUGCCUUUUCCUUGGGGAUCAGUCCGAUUUCGUGGCUGCUUGUCACUGAAUUGUUUUCGUUAGAACACCGCGGCUUAGGUACCGCUUUGGCAACUGCCUUCAGCCACUUUUGUUCGUUUGUUGGAGUCAAAACGUUCGUCGAUUUUAAGGAGUUGCUAGGACUGCAUGGGGCCUUUUGGUUGUAUGCAGCGAUUUCUGUUUGCGGUUUAUGCUUUGUUGUGUGCUGCGUCCCGGAAACCAAAGGAAGGGAUCUCACGGAGAUUGACACGGCCAGUGGCACAGUCCACCUCCAGUUCUCACGUGACCGGAACGAACCAAUCGCAAACCGCCAAAUACUGUAGCUCUUGACAGCGAUAAAUAUUAUGUUAAAAUCGUGUAGAUAGCUAGAAAACAAAAUUAUUUCGAGUGCUAGUUUGUAAAUAAAUCUUUUGAUCGUGUAAUUAAACAACUGCCAAAGUGGAGCUAAAUAAGGAA